AUGAGUUUGAAAAUAGAGUGGCAAGCGUGGACAAAGUUGAUGGAUUCAAGCAAAGGAGUGUCAGGGAUAAGGUUUGACUGUGACACCGGUAUGUUUCAGGCACCUAAGGAGUGGUGGGACAAGAUGGAAUCGAUAAACAAGGUGUGUACCAAGUUCAGGAAAAAAACCUUGGAACAUCGUGAGUUGAUGGAGACGGGCAUCAUGGGGGCAUCAGCUACUGGUAAGCACCAUUGGACCCUAGGAGAGAAACUUGCUGAAGUUGCUGAUGACUCAUCUGAUUCAGUGCAUAGUCUGGGAGCCCAGCCAUUUGCUGAUCCAAUACCCGCAGGAGUACAAGACAUGGAUUCAGAUUCUUCACUGGAGCAUGUUCCGAUUGAAAAGGGGAAAAGGAGAAAGACGCCAUCAAGCAGUGUUUCAAAGUCAAAGAAGGCAACAAGUGGAGCGUCAGUUAUUGCAGAAAGCAUGAACAAUCUGACAGAUGUGGUGCGUACGAAGAAUUAG